AUGAAAUUCGAAGUAGCUUUUGGCUGCAAAUACAGUUAUAACAACACAGUCAUGAAGCACCACCUAAAGUUCAUGGCAAUAAAGGCCGAGUACUCCUGUGAGGCGUCCUUCAGUUUAGCAGUAUGCUUGAAAAGUGAAAGUAGUGGAGACGUCCAAAUCUUCCAUUCACAAGAAAAUCAUAACAAAUCAAAAGAGAACAUGAUCUUGACUUCCAAGUGGAUGGACAUUGUACAAACAAUAAAUUCUGAACGUGAGUUCGUUCUUUCGUAUGGUAGCAGAAAUGGUUCGAAGAUACACUUUUUAAGGCAGUUUGCAGACCUGGAUAUAUUGGUCCAAAGAUUUACUGCCACAUUAAAGGUGUUGAAGAUCCUACUUCUACAGGCACAAUCAAAUUCUAAGAAAUCAACAACAAUAAGAGAUAUUUACUAUCAAGAUGUUGAAGCCUUUCACUGGAAACAAAGAUAUUGCAAUGAAAUUUUGCACCUGAUUGUUGUCGAUUCCUUGGGUUUGAGUUUGGAACACAAUUUCAGCAUAUACCCUUCUCAAAAGGGUCUUGUGUAUGGUGAUUUUGCAAUACAGUCUAAUGAAGGAACUAUAUUUCAAAUGAGCUAUUCUGAAGAACCAGUUUUAAUUCCUCUACACACCAAGUUUGAACACAUCUUACCAAAUGAGGAAAGUCACUAUGCUAUAGUCAUUUUAGAAAAAGAAGCUGUUUUCCAAUCCUUUUGCUAUUACAUCAAGACCAGAUAUACGUUGAAAGACAAUUUCGUACCUGACAACUUAAUUGUGGUGACUGGAAAGGGGUUUCCAGAUAAUUUGACCAAGAAAUUUGUCAAUAUCCUUGCAAAUACUGCAUUCACCAAUUCAGUAACUCUAGGCUUUUUCGACUCUGACGUUUAUGGAAUAAAUAUCUGCAAAAAUUACCAAGAUGAAAUUGCUACGGAAUCUAAAUCAAGAGAUAUCUAUGCUGGGGUCUAUUUGAUGGACUACAUUGCUGGAUGGAGUGACAUUACGGCUAGAGAAAGGAUACUAAUAAUGAGCACAAUUACGAAGAUAACUACGGUGUAUCCCACUAUUCAAAAUAAAAGAUUUCACAGAGAGUUAACGAGAGGAUUGUGGUUGUCCAAGAAAUGUGAAAUGAACGUAUACCAAGGUGAUGCAGACCAAUCAGAAGGAAUUUCAUCAAUUGCGAUCAAUGAAUACAUACUAUCUCAAAUCAAUUCCCACAAAAAAGUGAUCAAAUAA